GGUCUAUUGAAGAUAAAAAAGAAGAAGAAAAAGAAUAAUAGCAGUUCUUCACUUUGGCCUUUUUAGGUAAAAGUCGCAUCAUAAGUGCCAAAGCUUGAAAUUCCACGCUUAUUUCCAGCAUUGGUGACGGCGAUCGGAGUUCCACUCCAGCGGAUAUGACGCACUACAUACACAAUUAUUCUAUGUAACACAAGCAGAGGGACAAGUCGAAGCAGGAAAGCGCCGAAAAAAGGCGAAAGGGCCAUUCCUUCAUCCAGGGAGGUCGAAUUUAUUCAAUUAAGCUCAACCUUUUUUUUUUUUUAAUAACCACGAGCGCUAAUUUAUUAUUUAUUAAUUCUUCUAACUCGACAUGUCGUUUCCUUUCAUAUAGUUUCUUCUUUUUCUAUACCCCGAACUGGCGAGAAGAAGCUACGAAGAUGCCAUCACAGCUAGGAGUUGCCAGGGCUCUCGCUUUACGCGUUGGUCGCCAGAGCUCUCCUAGCUACAGACUCACAUCGUCACCUCUACUAAGACAAAUAAGACCUACUCAUGUCUGCCAAUUCAGUAUUCUAUCCCGACCGAAUUCUCCGAAACGAAAUGACCCCUCCAAAGCCGUUCAAUGGCUGUUCCCGUCACGGCGCAUUGUGCGUGGAAUUUCAGGGAAACCCCUCCCACAAAGACGAUCCGUGAUCCUCAACUUCGCAUAUCGUACGGCUGCGAUCCUUGGUACGGGAAUUGGGUUUUUGGGAGCGUUACUUGCCGGCUUUUUCAUAUACGACUCGACAACCUACAAAGAGUCGUCAGUUACCUUCGGCGAUUGUCGUGUGUCUGAGGCGGCCCUAUCCCCGCGUCGAGGAGGACCUAAAAACCUCCCCGUCGUAGAAGCGCUUCUCGACGACGACGAAAAUGAAGAAGCAAGAAAGAGAAAGACUAAACCUCACCUUGUGAUUUUAGGGAGUGGCUGGGGAAGCGUUGCGUUGCUGAAGCAGCUUAAUCCCGAUGAUUAUCAUGUUACGGUUAUCAGCCCUAAAAACUACUUUUUAUUUACUCCUAUGUUACCAUCCGCGACCGUCGGUACCCUGGAAAUGCGCAGCUUAGUUGAGCCUAUUCGCGGGAUCCUUACUAGAAUCGGAGGGCACUACCUCCGAGCCUCAGCCGAGGACGUUGAGUUUUCACACAAAUUAGUCGAGGUUUCUCAGAUAGACUCUAGGGGAGAGGAGGUCAGGUUCUACGUACCGUACGACAAGCUGGUCAUCGCAGUCGGAUCCGUAACAAACUCCCACGGGGUCAAGGGACUUGAGAACUGCUUUUUCCUUAAAGACAUUAACGACGCCCGCAUGAUCCGGAACCAAGUAAUGAAGAACUUAGAACUUGCUUGCCUUCCAACAACAGCCGACGAUGAGCGCAGGAGAUUAUUAUCAUUCGUGGUUAGCGGCGGCGGACCUACAGGUGUCGAAUUUGCUGCUGAGCUCUUCGAUCUGUUGAACGAGGACUUGACUAGGAAAUUUCCUCGACUCUUGCGCAAUGAAAUCUCGGUCCACUUAAUACAGAGCCGAGGCCAUAUUCUUAAUACUUACGAUGAGGCACUAUCUAAAUAUGCCGAAGAUCGAUUCGCUCGCGACCAGGUCGAGGUUCUCGUUAAUUCCAGGGUCAAAGAGGUACAGAAGGAUAAGAUCAUAUUUACACAGAAGAAUGAUGACGGCGCAAUUAUUACUAAGGAACUUCCGAUGGGAUUCUGUCUGUGGUCGACUGGCGUCUCUCAAUCCGAAUUAUGCCAGCGGAUUGCGGCGAAAUUAGGGCCCGUACAAAGCAACCUCCAUGCUCUCGAAACAGAUAGCCACCUGAGACUCAACGGCACUCCUCUAGGCGAUGUUUACGCCAUUGGUGACUGCUCGACCGUCCAGAAUAAUAUUGCUAACAACGUCAUCACCUUCCUACGCGGACACGCUUUCAAGCAGGGCAAAGACCCCGAGACCGUGGAGCUACACUUUAGUGACUGGCGCGACGUGGCAUCUGAUGUCAAGCGGCGGUUCCCGCAAGCAGCGUCGCACCUGAAGCGAUUGGACAAGUUAUUUUUUCAGUUCGACAAGGACCAAUCAGGGACUCUAGACUUUGGGGAGCUGAGGGAACUAUUAAAACAGAUUGACAGCAAGCUAACGUCGUUGCCGGCGACGGCGCAGCGCGCCAACCAGCAGGGUAUCUAUUUGGCGAACAAGUUCAACAAGUUGGCGCACGCUGCGCCUGGCCUACGUGCCAAUGAUAUCAUCAAUGGUGACCUUGACGAGACUUGCUACAAGGCCUUCGAAUAUCACCAUCUCGGCAGCUUAGCCUACGUCGGUAACAGCGCCGUGUUCGACCUUGGAGGUGGCUGGGGCGUCACUGGUGGCUUGUGGGCCGUAUACGCCUGGCGUAGUGUAUAUUUCGCACAGAGCGUUGGCAUGAGGACGAGAAUGCUGAUGGCUAUGGACUGGGCGAAGCGCGGCCUAUUUGGACGAGAUCUCAUGAGCUUCUAAGUGAACCGAAAAGAAAGAGGGGAUAUAUGACCUUGGAGUUUAGAUUGGGGUGAUACGGUCUCAAUAAAGAGCUGUGCCCUUUGAGAAAUCUUUGUGAAGGAUAAUUUAGAUUUAGAUCUAUUACCUUAUUGGGCGUUGGAUUGAAAUGGUGUUACGGGCAGUUCGUGUCUUCAUCACGAAGUGACGUAGCUUAGAAGUUAGACCCCAGAGGAACUAGAGUUGCUUAGUGUUAAUAAAGAUGAGAUAUACUAAGAUUAAUUAAUCACCCCUGAGCAAAAAC